AUGGGUUCCUCCACCCGAUUGCCGAUCCUGAUCGUCAAUCCAAACACGACGGAAACAAUGACCAAGUCGGUCGAGGCGAUGCUCUCUCCUUUGCUCACCGAUACCUCGUUCGUAAGUCGGGCGCCGAACCUCCGUCAUCUCCGGUUUUUGGCGAUACGCACUUGGCGAUACGCAUUUGCGACUGCUGAUCCUUUUCGCUUGUCCGUUCCCUCCACUCUACAAAUAUCGUGACCAAAAGCCCAAACCAACCUAUUUCACAUGUCCAUAUCCUGGUAUUGCGUCAAUCAACUCGUCCCACGACUGCCACCAGUCAGCCACGAUCAUUCUCCCCCACUUGAUCCCGUUGCUCGCAUCGCAUUCGGCCGUCUUGAUCGCAUGCUAUUCGCAUCACCCGCUCGUGCAGCAACUGUUGCCCUAUACUAAAGGCGAGAAAGCCGUGCUCGGCAUCUUUGAGGCUUCAGUAUUGAGUUCGAUAGCGAAUCUGACAUCGACACUAAGAGUCGAAGGCCAGAGCGAACGGGAUCGGGACCAACAAGCGGCCAUUAAGAGCAAACGAGCUCGAUUUGGAAUCGUUUCAACGGGCAAAGUAUGGGAGCUGCUGUUGACCCAAGCCGUCGAUACCUUCCUGGGUACCUCGGACAAUUCGGCCCUUUUCGCCGGUGUCGAAACAACGGGCUUGACCGCCGUCGAAUUGCACGACUCGAGUCCCGAACUCGUCAAGGAACGGACCAAGGAUGCGGUGAAGAGAUUGCUGAGGAACGGGGAUGUUGGAGCGGUUUGCUUGGGUUGUGCCGGGUUUGCUGGGAUGGAUCAGACCGUCCGGGAGGCUGCGGUUGAGGAGUUGGGUGCGGCCGAGGGGGAGAGGGUCAAGAUCAUCGAUGGUGUCAAGGUCGGGUAUUUCAUGCUCGAAGGCAUGGUCAAGACAGGUCUCUAG